AUGAAGUACGAAUAUACUUGGAACCAUCUCCUUCUACUUGCAAAGGUGUGUGGAAAAACCGACGACGACGACAGCGUGACGGCCUCAUGGGUGCAAAUCACCGAGGAACACAACAAGCAGACUUUCCCGUUCACCCUCUGGCCUCUGACGUACAGAACGUGCGAAGUGACUACUUCUCCCGCGAUGUGCACACCAGUUCAGGUUCGAACAACGGACUACACUGUCAAGGUGUUCAAGGCCAACGAAGUCGUCAUUGUCUGCAUCCAAGACAGUUUCCAAGACAGUUCGCGUGGUAGCGUGUGCAGUCACCCAUGUCUUGCAGAAUUUGAUGGUGAUGGUCAUACAGGGUCGGGAUCCGAUUUCUUGUCGAGCGAUGCUGAAAAUCACGUCGACAAGCACUCUCUGUCCAAAACCGAGCCCCUUCUUUCGUGCCACGUGGCCCAUUGCUACAACCGGAUGAAAGCAAAAGUGAAUGAUGUAAUCUACGACAUACAGGACAACGUUGAGUGUGUUAUAUGCACAGGUUACGGUGAAGCUGCCGCGAUGGCUUCUUGUGUGGCAUGUGACAUGAGCCGGUCGUAUGAGGCGGAGAAAGAGUUCCUGGGUCUAGAAACAACACGAGUGCUUGUUGACUUUGUAGGGUUUUCAGACGGUAUCGUCGCAUCUCCCACGUACUGGAAGCAAAACAGCGUGUCCAUCGAUAAGUAUAUACUGGUCGUAUUCGAAGGCCAGGCAUCAGCGACAACUUCAGUGGCUAACCUCGUUGCGAACCCACAUUCCUUGCGCGUGACUAUCGAUGCAUUUCCAGCGAAUCCCCCCGCCAUGUCUCGGUCGAUGUCCGUGUUGGCCAAACUCAGGGAUAAAACCAAGAGGGAAAGAAAAACGAAACAGCCAAAGCAGUUAGCGCGACGUAUAUCCGAAUAUAUUAUAGCAUUGAACAACAAAGUAAAUAUACAAGCGACAUCGAAUUGA